AUGCGUCCCACCUUUGCCAUUGUCAUCGCCGCCUUGUUCUCUCUUGGGGCUCAAGCCCUGGAGGCUCCAAUUGAGGGUUACGGUGUUGAAGACUUUGAAUGGGAGGUAGAAUCUUCACCCGGUAACAAGCUCCGCGUCCGAGGAACAAUCGAAGAAGUGGCCAACCAUGUCCGUUCCAUCAAUCCCAACUACAAACAGGAGAUCAGUAAGCGCGACGAUAAGGGCUCCUUGACUGGCUCCCUGGAGCAGCGCUACGACAAGGAGAGUAUAAUCUGCUACCCGAAUGGAUGGGGCGCUGCAGAUGGAAACAAGGUUCAGGAGGGAGUUGAAUACCUCAAAAAUGACGUUGCUGGCAAGCCUACAAAUGGGCCCGGACCUGGAAACUGUGGCCGAGUGAGUUGCAGUUACAACAAUGCUAUUUGGUGGUGCAAUGAUAACACCGAAAGCAAAACUUUGGACUCUUUCCGAGAAAUCGGUCUUGCUGCUGAGGAAAUCUGCAACAAGUGUUGGAUGUCUGCUGUUAGUAGUGAUUCAGGAUUCGAGAAUCUUUGUGCUGGUCAGAUGUUCAUGAAGGACAAGUGGAAUGUGAUUGUACGUGAUGCGAAGUGUUAG